UUCAAUUCCAACGAAUGGAUAAGACUAAGAACCAAAACAUGAAUUAAAUCAAAUUUUGAUUAAAAAAGUGGGAUUAUAAUUGCUGCCUUAAGACCAUGCACAUGAUCCAUUCAUUCCGGAUACGCAGGAAUUCAGGAACACACAAAUUUGCAGGUCCCAAGCCCUCAUUUCAACAGUUCUUAAACUCGCAUUUGGAGACGAGCUGAAUGUUUUCAUUUUUUCUGGCAUAGUUGUUGCCAAAAGCUAUUGCAGUGUCUCCUCCAAUAUUUCAAAGUCAUUAUUAUUCUAUGUAUUUGGAUUCGCCUGACCCAUAGGUGAUUUGUUGGUGCUUAAAAAGGCGCUAAAAAAGCAAACUAAUAUAAAGUGAAUUUGUUCAUACUCUAUUUCGGCAAUAGAAAGAGAAGAGGAAAUGACAAAUAGCGUCAUGGAUAUGGACAUAGGAAAGAUAUGCAGGUGCUGCCUUAGCUUAAAUAAUACACCUUUGUUAUCCAUAUAUUCCGAUUCAAGCGGAGGGUGUGUGGCAAAUAUGUUGGAGACGAUAACCAAUAUAAAGCACGAAAAAGAUGACAAUAUGCCAGAAAAAAUAUGUUUAUCUUGCAUAAGUGAAAUCAAUCGCUGCUAUGUUUUCAAGGUAAAAUGUGAGAGUUCCGAUAAUACUCUGCGUCAACUUCUUCCCGGAGCUUCUAAAGCAUCGUAUACAUACCACACUCAACAAAAAUCAGUAGCAACUGUUGCAGUACAGACAAUAUCGGAUGGACAAUACACUAACGUGGGAAUCCAAACGGAUUCUAAUGAGACGAUAUUAAAGUGUGUCUCUGUACAAACUGUUGAAAUGUCGGAAGGUAUUUUCUCUCCUGGGUUGGGUAAAGAACACGACCAAAGCCCUUCUGAAAAUUCUCUUUUACGUGAAAUAAUUAGGAAUUCCACAUCACCUACAGCGCACACAGCAAAAAAGAAAAGAGUGGACCACAAAGGUUUUGAUCAUUUUGCCUACUUAGAAGAUGAGCAAACGGAAAAUGAGGAAACCUACAUUGUAGUUGAAGCAAUGAACAAUGAAUCAAAUUCAUCGGAAGCCCACGGUUUUAGUUUCCAAAAGACCGAUGAUCGAACAACUGAUACAACAGAUGAAAAGAGCAAUGUUCACUCAUCCAAUCAUUUCGAAUAUUACGAUGAAAUAGACGAUGAUUCUUACGAAAGUAGAGACAGAAAACCUUAUACAAUUUUUGAAGCUGAAGAUAAUGUAAUUGAAGAGAAUAUAAUUGAGUCUGACCAGAGUAAGGCAAAUGACGUCGUAGUAGAUAGGGAAAUGGAGGAGGAAUCUUUAAGAGAAUUGGAUAAACGCCAACAAAUACACUUAAAACCCAAGAAGGCAGCCGCAGUUAAGCAGCAACAUAAAUGUUCCAUGUGCAUAAUGACGUUUGUAAGUCUAAAAGUUCUUAGACGUCAUAUAGCAAGCCGUCACUCGACGCCAAAUACAAAAAUACAGAAUGCCGACACAACCGUAAAAGUACAAAAUACUACCACCAUGCACGUAGUUGAACCCACUCCCAUCAUAAACGACCAAUUUGACUUAACAAUGGAGAAUGUUCCUAAACCAAGGUUGUUACCAAGAAAUCGAAACUCUCAUAAAUUGAAUAAAGAGGUUUUUACUAACAAAUUUAAGUACUACUGUGAAUACUGUCAAGCGGGAUUUGCACAACGCAAAACUCUUUCCUAUCACAUGAAACAGAAUUGCAUGACAAAGAGUUUUAAGUGCAACCAAUGUGAACGAAUUUUUAUAUCACAAGAAAAUUUAGAUACGCACAGAGCGACACACAACAAUCACACAUGUCUAGAGUGUCAUAAAAUAUGUAACAGCAUUGAAGAUUUAAGUGAGCAUAUGAUAAAUAUUCAUAAGCGAAACGCGCGAAACCAAUGUCAUGUUUGCAAAAAAGUUUUUACAAUGAAAGCUUCAUUAAUGGAUCACUUGCGGAUCCAUAGCGGCGAAAAACCAUUUCUAUGUACAGUGUGUGGAAAAAGUUUUCGACAAAAUUCAAACUUGCGCCAGCAUCUAUUACGUCAUCAGAAUGAAAAGAAAUUUAAGUGUGAUAUGUGCUCUAAUUCGUAUGUUACUAAAGCAGAACUUUUUUCUCACAAGCGGACUCAUACAAAGGAAACCCCAUUUCAUUGUGAUGUAUGUUUAACGUCCUUCACAUCUUCAUCAUCGCUUCAAAAGCACAAACGAAAACACACUGGGGAACGACCGUACUCCUGUGAAUUUUGUCCAAUGCGUUUUGCUGCUCUGAAUGUCUUGAAGAAUCAUCGACGCACCCACACAGGUGAAAAGCCUUACAAAUGUGAAUUAUGUGAUAAAAGUUUUACUCAAAAAGGCGAUUGCUUACUGCAUCAAAGAACACACGAGUAUGGGGAACUGAGGUGCUUUUGUGGUUCGAAGUUUUCCAAAGUAAAUAAUUUACGUCAACACAUUAAAAAUAAGCAUCCAAACAUGACAGACGAAAAACUGGGACAAAUAAAUGACGCCAUGCGAACGCAAUGUGACGAAGAUGUAGAAGAAUUGCAUAUUACUUUGCUGGAAGAAGAAGAUGCAGAUAUGACUGGAACAACGUCUCAUUUUGUAACUAUUUCCGGCAUAGACGAGAAUAAAAUGGAUCGCCUCUCUAACAACAAUGAAGAUUCAAAUGAAGAGUCUAGCGGAUUCAUUAGCUUAUGGAUAAGUAAAACGCUCCCGCUAAAUGCUUUAUACUUUAACGUUGGCACUGACAGCACACCCGAAAUGAUCAAAUAUCAACAAAACAAACAAUGCUUUCGAGGAAGGUGGAAGAUUUAAUAUUUUUAUAUUUUGUAUUCGCUAAGUCGUUGGAUUGUUGGAUUUAGACCGUGUUUGUCGCAAAGCGGUUUGAGUGAGACUGCCGCUGCAAGCAUGCUCAGUUAAAGAAGAAGUGUUGAGUGGCUUACAAAUAGAUACAGCUUUGUGUGUGUGUGUGCAAGUGUGGCAGUGUAAAUGUAUACAUGUAUGUAUGUAUGUACAUACGUCGGUAAACCAAUGUCAAUGCAAAAUUUCAACUUUCUCCGUUUGGAGUUAAAUGUGCAUGUUCAACUAAAGUAACUUUAAGAUUGUUUUGAGAGUUGAUUUGUUGGUACUUUGAAGUAAAUUUUUUGGAUGCUCUUCA